GAAGCUUCACUCUACCUCCCAAAUCACACUUUUUCUCGACUACGAACUCAAUAAUACCGCGAUAAUGGGUGUCGGCAAUCGCAUGAAGAAGCAGGGUCCGCCAGGCCCAUUGGACGAAUCGCUCGUCACGCGGAAACGAAAAGAUGCGCCUGCUGCGCCGGUUGAAGAGAAGAAGAGGCGGAGGAAGGGCGGGCUGAAUGCGAAUAAGUCUGUGCUUGGGAAUGGCACGGGAAAUGCGAAGCUUGACAAGAAGGCCAAAGUCGCAGUCGUAAAAGAAAACGGCAGGAAGAAGGUCAAGAAGGUUGUUGAGCCGGAACCUAUGCUCGAGGAUGAUGAUUCGCUUGGAGACGACGAGGAUGGGAUAGAUGACCCGGACGUUAUGGAAGAUGUGCUCGAAGGUGUGGGUGCAGGAAAGAUGGACAUACUAGGAAGCGACUCCGAUGACAGCGAGCCGGAACUGGACGACGAUGAGUUCUUGGACUCGGAUCCGGACGUCGCGGCGGGCAUGUGGUCUGAUGAGGACGACUCUGAUGAUGCUGAAGAGAGGCUCACGGCGGCGAAUAUCGUGGGGUUGUCAGAGAAGAAGGACUGGCAGAAGGCGAUUGAAGACGCGGAGGCUCAGGCCGAGCUGGCCGAGUCUGCAAUGACGACGAACGUUGCAGGCGACCGACCGAAAAUACUUGGGGAUGAUGAGGAUGCGGGCACCAAGGGACCACUAGAACCACCAAGUCUCCAGCUAUUGAGGACGAGGAUCACGGAUACGAUACGUGUGCUGGACGAUUUCUCAAAUCUUGCUGAGGGACGGUCGAGGACCGAGUAUACAUCCCAGCUCAUUAAAGAUAUCUGCGCGUACUACGGAUACUCGGAGUUUUUAGCUACCAAGCUAUUUAACCUCUUCCCGCCUCGCGAAGCUUUUGCGUUCUUCGAAGCUAACGAAACUCCUCGCCCGGUCGUCAUUCGCACCAACACCCUCCGUACUCAUCGUCGCGAACUUGCACAAACUCUCAUAAACCGUGGUGUACAGCUUGAGCCCGUAGGAAAGUGGUCAAAAGUCGGACUGCAAAUUUUCGAAUCGCAAGUCCCGCUCGGUGCCACCCCCGAGUAUCUCGCUGGUCACUAUAUUCUCCAAGCCGCCUCGUCUUUCCUCCCUGUCAUGGCUCUCGCGCCACAAGAGAAUGAGCGCGUUCUGGACAUGGCCGCUGCGCCUGGUGGUAAAACCACGCACAUCGCCGCGCUGAUGAAAAACACCGGCUGCAUCUUCGCCAACGAUUCCAACAAAUCGCGUGCGAAGGGUCUUAUCGGAAACAUUCACCGCCUAGGCUGCAAGAACACGAUCGUGUGCAACUACUCAGCACUCGAGUUCCCCAAGGUCAUGGGUGGCUUUGAUCGCGUGCUUCUGGAUGCGCCGUGCUCGGGCACUGGAGUUAUCGCCAAGGAUGCGAGCGUGAAGACGAAUAAGACAGAGCAGGAUUUCCUGCGUCUACCGCAUUUGCAGAAACAGCUGAUUCUUGCCGCCAUUGAUUCGGUAGAUCAUGCGAGCAAAACUGGCGGGUACAUUGUCUACUCCACUUGCUCGGUCACAGUCGAGGAGAACGAACAGGUUGUGCAAUACGCACUGAACAAACGUCCGAAUGUCAAGCUUGUAGAGACGGGUCUCUCAUUCGGAAAGGAGGGCUUCACGAGUAUUCAGGGCAAGGUCUUCCACCCUUCGAUGAAGCUAACGCGGAGGUAUUACCCACACGCAUACAACGUGGAUGGCUUCUUCGUCGCCAAGUUCAAGAAGACAGGACUUACACCCGCGAAUGCGGUCGGUGCGAAGAGCGAUGGUGGCAAAGAGAAGGUUAGCACCACGGAAGAAGAGUUUGUCGACAAAACUCCAGUUACCGAGGAUGGUACUAUGGAGGAUGACUUUGGUGGUUGGGACGAGAGCGAAGAUGAAAAGUACAUUGAGCGCGCGAGAAAGUCGCAGCUGCGGCGGAAGGGGAAGGAUCCCAAAUCGUACGGGAGGCCCAAAGGAGAGAAGAAUGGAGAUGCUGCUAAAGUAAAUAGAGUUGAACCUGCGGAGGCCGCUGAUCAGGCUGCUGACCCGAAGCUCUCGAAGCCCAAGGUAAAGAAGACUAAGGGUGAUGAUCCUAAAGCAGCGACGAAGGCUACUGGAUCCGAACUGAUGCCUACGAAGGCAAUGUCUGUGGAUUUGGAGGUCGCAAAGAAGGUCGACGGAUCAGAAUCAAAGCCUAAGAAGACGAAGGUUAAGGAGUCCAAAACUACCGUAGAGGUCAACGCAUCGAAGUCAAAGCCUGCGAGAACAGUGACCGAGAUUACCAAGACGAUCACGACAGUCAACGGGAAGGACUCAAAGCCGGAAAAGAUCAAGAUCAAGAAAAGCAAGAAGCAAGGAGGGGUUCCUAUCUGAUUGUGGAUGUUUGCAUUUUGGGUGGUUACGAUAUCCAACGAAUGGAUACCUUGUACAUUCACAAAAAGGCGUCCGUCCAUAGCAAUUGAUUGGCGCUUUCCGCCAUC